AUGUGGCGUAUUCGACCAUUUGUGCGAAACCCCGUCUUCGGGCGGUACGGAACCUCGGUUUUGAGGUCUCCUCGUAGUAACAUAUACAUGAAGCGCUUCAAUUCUACUCAAGCUAAACCACAGAAGAAGCCCAGCGGUAUUAAAGCACUCAUGAAAGAAUAUGGAUACGCGGGAUUGGGUGUUUAUUUGGCCCUCACGGCCAUUGAUCUUCCCAUAUUCUACGUUUUGGUCCACUCUAUGGGCCAAGAAGAGAUUGAGUUCUAUGAAAAUAAAGUUAAACAAAAAUUCGGCUACGGAGUGAGCGAUGAAGAACUCAAAAAGAGACAAGAAAUCAACAAGAUUCAUGAAGAAAUGGAGUCCGACAAUAUUCCCAAGCCAAAAAAUGAAUCCUUAUGGUCGACUCUUCGCAAUCUGUUCUCGUGGACCGAGUUUGCUAUAGCCUAUGGUAUUCAUAAAUCGUUCAUUUUCGUUAGACUUCCCAUCGCAGCUGCUAUCACCCCGGGAAUUGUGAAGACUUUAAGAAAGUGGGGCUUCCGUAUUGGCACUGAUAAACUUGCCACUACAGCAAACAUUGCCAAGGAAGGCAUCAAGGACUUUACUGCCGCCAAUCCCAAGUUCGGCACCAGACCCAAUGGUAAGAAGAGAUGGUUUAGUUGGUUCUUUUGA